AGAAAAUAAUGAUUUUGCACAACAACAAAAAACAAAUUAUACAGGCCCACUGAGCUAAAGAUGCCCGAAGUACCAGAUGGCCAGUCCGCCCCUGGGUCUAAGGACAGUGUCUCGGCAUCAGUUGGCCUCUCAGAAGAUCUGCACUCUUCUAUAUUGAUGUUCUGAAGGUGAUGCGUAACAUAGAUGACCGUAUUGUCCAUUCUCUCAACACCACCGUGCCGACUGUCUCCUUCUCAGGCAGAGUGGACGCCUCCCAGACAUGCAGACAGCUCUAUGAGUCUCUGAUGGAGGCCCACCUGAGCAGAGACCGAGCCAUUAAGACGUGUAUAGCCCAGACCUCUGAGGUGGUGGGCCAGCUGAGAGAGCAGAGGGCCAAGGACGGAGACAACAUGACAACUGUCAAACUACUCAGGAAGGAACAGACUAAGUUAAAACUCAUGCGGUCGGAGCUGAAUGUUGAAGAGGUUGUUAAUGACAGAAGUCUGAAGGUGUUCAGUGAACGGUGCCGGACCCACUACACGCCUCCUACGGUCAAGUGACUAUCUGAGCUGCUCUGGUGAGAAUAGCUGCAGAUCCAGGUGGCUGCAUCAGGAUCAGAACCAGACCGAGCCAUUGAGUCAUCCGUGAACUUGACCUGAGGGACCCCUGCCCUCCAGCCGACCACACUGUUAUCAUCCAUGGGGACCGCUGUGUUGCCUCACAACAAGGCCACCUCUGUCAAGCAAUCUGCUCUGUUUAUUUUCAUGAUUGUAGUUUUUAUUUGAAUUUUUUUAAACAAUUAAGUGUUUUCCAAUGGC